AUGAGUAAUAUUUUAUCUGAAAAUAAUAACCUUUUUGACAAAACCCACCCAGAAUUAUCAGAAUUAAAUGAAGAAUUCCAAGAACUUCAAAAUAAUUUUAUUUCUCCUUUGGAUAUUCAAGCAGAAGAUAUCAUUGGCAUUGAUGAGACUGAUGAGUCAGAAGUUUCUGAUGAUGAACUUGAUAACACAAAUGGUAGUAUUUUUUCAGAUUUAGAAAUUCAAAAAUUUAGAAAUAUUUAUUGCAAAAAUUCAGUUGAAAUAGAUUCUGAUGAAUUAGUAACAACACAAGAAAAAAUAGAUCAAAAAAAUGAAGAAUCAAAAGCUUAUAUUUUAAAUAUAUUAAAAACAAAAUGUUGUAAUAAAGAUUGUUUAACAAAUAUUGAUCAAGAAAGUGCUAUAUUAAGAUAUAAAAAUUAUAACAAUUUAAAUAAGAAUGAACAAAAUAUAUUUUUAUUGGGGUUGUCUCAACUUCAAUAA